AUUUAAAUGUAAAAUAAAUGUCAUCUUUCAAUAGGUUUUUGAAGGAACUUCUGGUAUAGAUGCUAAACAUACAUUAUGUGAAUUUACUGGAGAUAUUUUACGCACACCAGUUUCAGAAGACAUGUUAGGCAGAGUGUUUAAUGGUUCUGGAAAACCAAUUGAUAAAGGUCCACCUGUCUUAGCAGAAGAUUUUUUAGAUAUUCAGGGUCAACCUAUUAAUCCGUGGUCUCGUAUAUAUCCAGAGGAAAUGAUACAAACAGGAAUUUCAGCUAUUGAUGUGAUGAAUAGCAUAGCAAGAGGCCAAAAAAUACCUAUAUUUUCAGCAGCUGGACUUCCUCAUAAUGAAAUUGCUGCUCAGAUUUGUAGACAAGGUGGAUUAGUUAAAAUUCCUGAAAAAUCAGUGUUAGAUAGCCACCAGGAUAAUUUUGCUAUAGUUUUUGCAGCAAUGGGUGUCAACAUGGAAACAGCACGAUUCUUUAAACAAGAUUUUGAAGAAAAUGGAUCAAUGGAAAAUGUUUGUUUGUUUCUUAAUCUCGCCAAUGAUCCAACAAUAGAACGUAUAAUUACUCCCAGAUUAGCUCUUACUACUGCAGAAUUUUUGGCUUAUCAAUGUGAAAAACAUGUUUUAGUUAUAUUGACAGACAUGUCUUCGUAUGCUGAAGCGCUUCGUGAAGUUUCAGCAGCACGUGAGGAAGUUCCAGGUAGACGUGGUUUCCCUGGUUACAUGUAUACAGAUUUAGCUACCAUUUAUGAAAGGGCUGGUCGAGUAGAAGGAAGAAAUGGUUCUAUAACACAGAUACCCAUUUUAACAAUGCCAAAUGAUGAUAUAACUCAUCCCAUUCCUGAUUUAACUGGUUAUAUUACUGAAGGACAGAUAUAUGUUGACCGUCAACUACAUAAUAGACAAGUUUAUCCACCUAUUAAUGUAUUACCAUCUCUAUCUCGUUUGAUGAAAUCUGCAAUUGGUGAAGGAAUGACAAGAAAAGAUCAUCCUGAUGUAUCAAAUCAAUUGUAUGCAUGCUAUGCCAUUGGAAAAGAUGUUCAAGCAAUGAAAGCAGUUGUUGGUGAAGAAGCUCUUUCAUCAGAAGAUUUGCUCUAUUUAGAUUUUCUAACAAAGUUUGAGAAGAAUUUUAUUGCACAAGGCCAUUAUGAGAACAGAUCUGUUUUCGAAUCUUUAGAUUUAGGAUGGCAGCUGUUGCGUAUUUUUCCUAAAGAAAUGCUUAAGCGCAUUCCUCAACACAUUCUUGCCGAAUAUUAUCCGAGAGAAGGAAGAAAGUCUAGAAACUAGACGGCUUACGAAAAGCAGAGUAAAAGACAUCGAACAUCUUGUGUCAGAGAGUUUUAUCAACAGUAUAAUGUAGUUUUAAUGUUUUUGAACUCUAGUAGUAAAAAAUGAAUUUAUGUAUAGAGUAAAAGGCUUCUCUGUAAGCAGUGCCUAAAAGUGAAGAUUGUUAAAUUAUGAGAAAAUAUUUAAAUGUUUUAGUGACAAUACAAAAAUUAUAGAUUUUAAUACAUUUGGCACUAAAUUGUUUUAUUUAAAAAAUAUAUAUAUUUUAAUUUCAGCAUACAGAAAAUUUAUUUGUGCCAUAUAUUUAUUUAUUUUGUUAUUAUGAUAGUCUUCAAUGUUAUAGAACAUGUGAUAAAUGGAAAGCAUAAAAAUUUAAAAAGGUUGAUAGUUACAAAUGCAAUAUGUAUUUUUGUGACAAAAAGAAAAUUUAUGAAUGUUGCCUCUUUCACGUAGAAUUUACUUUCGACACUGGCAUUCCAUUUGUUAUUGCUACCUCACCGAACUGGUUAAAAACUGUAUUGUUGUUGGUUAUUCUAUAGUUGGUAUUAAAAGCAAAUAUUAAGAUCACCACAUUAAAAAAUAAAUUAGGUUUAUUGUAAUGUCACUGCCACAAUAAAUACCUAUUUCUUUAUUUAUAUAACUGUAAAUUAAUUUAUGUAAAUGUGAUGAAACUUAUUUAUUAUAUUUGACAUUGUGUGUUUCAUUUGAACACAAGUUUUAUCAUCAUUUUAUUGUAUUAUUUUGUUAAAUACUGGAAAGAUACAAAAAAAAUACAUUCCAGGUUAUGGAUCUAGUCUUAUUUUCAUUAUGACUCAUGUAUUUAAAUAUGGAAAUAAAAUGUAGGUCCUGACAGUAAGCAUUUACUUUUUUGCUGUUUUAAAUAUUAAAUUGACUAAUAUCUACACUAAAUUCCUUUUUAAUAUUCUUUUCUUUAAUAUACAAGGCUAGAAUAUUUACUAUUCAUAACUGACUUUAUCCGUACAGUCUAAUUCUUAAAGUAGAAAAAUUAUUUAGAAGCUGGUGCUGGUGACUUCUUCUUCC